UAGAGUCCUGGAGACCUAAUGAAAGUAGCUGCUUGAAUUGUUUUGCAGCGUCCACUGAAGCUCAGUUGAGCCCGGCGUGCGUGCAGCGCAUCCCCGCGCACCUGGGGAGCAAGGAGGCGAGAGAGCUGCAGCAGACUUAGAGAAAGAAAGAAAGAAAGAAGAGGAGGACUUCUAUUUCAUUUUUUUUUGCAGCUGAUAUCUUCAAAUUUCAUCUUCACGUAAGCAACUCUUUUCCCAGAGGGAGCCGGACGGGAUCCGUUUCAUGCCCGGGGGAAGCCAGCGCGACCUCCCGCUCGGAUCCAGCGCACCGGCCUCCCACGCUCCUCUGGCGGGCUCAGAAGCUGCAGAUCCCGGCAUUUGCUGGGAUGUUUGAGUGGCGUGGUUUGGUGGGGUGAAGGGACCGAGAGAGUGGCCGGAGGGAGACCGAGGAAGGAGGAGGGGGACGGAGGCCGCGAGAGGAGACGGGGAGCAUGGCUGUGGCGGCGCUGCCUCUCUGGGUGCUAACAAGUCUCACCUGGGCGAGCGUGCUCCAGGUGUCCGCCAACAGACACUCGGUUUACUGGAACAGCUCCAACAUACAUUUGCGCAGGGAGGGCCACACAAUGCAGGUGAACGUCAACGACUACCUGGACAUCUACUGCCCUCAUUACAACGACAGCCAGCGCAUGGUCGGCACCGGGGAGCAGUACGUCCUCUACAUGGUCAGCUACCGUGGCUACAGGAACUGCGACCCCCAGCUGGGCUUCAAGAGGUGGGAGUGUAACCGGCCUCACGCCCCCCACGCCCCCAUCAAGUUCUCUGAGAAGUUCCAGCGCUACAGCGCCUUCUCGCUGGGCUACGAGUUCAACGUGGGACAGGAGUACUAUUACAUCUCCACGCCCACUCAUCACCACGGCCGCAGCUGCCUGAGACUACGAGUGUACGUCUGCUGCUCCACGGCCUCUGACGUGGACAAUGAGCCAGAGCCCACAGAACCAGACUACACACUCAGACCAGGCCUAAAAAUUGAUGAUAUUGAUGAAUUUAACCCUUUCGUUCCCAAGCUGGAGAAGAGCGUCAGUGGAAGCAGUCCGUCCAGGGAUCGCCUUCUCCUCACCGUGACGACGCUCCUCCUGGCCGUCCUCUUCAUCUCCUAGCAACGGCCAUCCCAUCAGCGUCACCAUGCCAACUAGCCUUGGGAGGCUGUACAG